AUGUUUAUAAUCCCGAGAAGUACUCACCAUUCUCGGUCCACAGCGGAGGAGGAUCGCCAAUGGGAGGAAGUCAAGAAAUGCCGCUCCAAAGCGUGGAAGGCAUGGGACAACUGGGAUUGGGGUGGAGCCACAUACUGGAAUACGCGAACGAAGAAAGAAGAGGCCAACCUGGAGUGGAUCCUCGCCAAAAAGGCUGCCGACGCUGAACUCCGUCAUGCAGCAGGGCUGUUCCUCAGCACUGAGUUAUGGAUGAAUAUUGAGAAAGGUCUCAACGACGCAGCACAGCAGAUUGAGAAACACGCCAUAGCCCUACACCAUAUCAUCAAUGGUGAGCAUUACAAGGCUAUCGAGGUACUGGAAACGGAUAAGAGAAAGACACUCAACAGGAAGGUUGCGGCCAUUCAAAACCUCGAAGAAAUAAGCAAAGAAAUAGAGGCGAAGCUCCAGCGAGCCCACCAGGAGCUCGAAAAGAAUAAAGGCCAGGUCACCAAGGAGGAGAAGAAGUUACAAAAGGAGAUUGAGGAGCUUCGAGGCGAGCUCAAAACGAGGCCCUUCGAGGAUGCAUACAAGGCCAAGCUCCAAGACCAUAAAAGUGUCACGGCUCAGAUCCAGAACAUUAAGAAGAAGCUUCAAGAGGUCCGAACAGGCAUCGACAAGACGACAAAAUUGGCGCGAGGAUAUGUUCACGUUCUCGAGCAGGGCAUCCCCACUGUGAAACGCAUUGUCGUAACUGGUUGUACAGAGGUAUUUGCGAAGAAGAAGCCCCUGACUUUCAAAGUUGAAGCUCGAUGGAAUAAUAAACCGGUGUACAUUGAGGCGCAAUGGGCACCCGGAAGGAGUGCUGCCGAUCUGUACGAACAAAUUGGCUCGAAAAUAGUCAAGGCUGCAGGCGAGCAAUCUUGA